CCUCUUAGACUCCUCCUCUACUCCACCUUGGUGAUUAUGGGGCCCCAAGCCUCUCCUGUCCUGGAGCCUGGAGGAGGUUGCCAAGGUAACCUAGGUCCCUGGUGGUCCUCCUGCCCCUACCCUCCUGGUUACUAUGGCAAUCGCACUUAGCGCUCAGGUAGAAAGGGCCCAAGGACAAGGGUGGCCAAGAGAAACGGGACCUCUUUCCUAACCCUCCCCCCUCACCACCCAGUUGGCAUUACCAUGGUAACCAUCCCCUCCUUUCCCUUCUUGGGAGGUCCAUGGACCAAACCAACCAGGUGUUUUUAUUUAGAAGAGAUGCUCUGCUGAGUAGUUGCUAUGGUUACCGGACCUAGACCCUCCCCAGGGAGGUGAAAAAUAGGCAAGGCUAAGUCCUGGUUACUAUGGUGAUGUGGGGGUCCCCCUUCCAGUGACGGCAGGAACCAGGCCCACCAAGAUGGGAAUGUUUUAGCAUUGUCUCAGGAUGGAGUGUGUCUAGGGAAGGGUUGUCAUGGUAACAGCUUCUGUCACUCUCACCCUACCUUUCUGGACACAUUGAUAGAGAGGGUUGGGUUGGUAAUGAUAACUGACAUCCUUCCCACCCUCUCCAGAGAGGCUCCAGGUGGUGCCCCAGCUUCUGGGACAGCAGAGAAUGAUUCUCUGACUUCGUUGCCACUUUUGUUGUAAGAUGACGUUGUGCUCUAUUAUGCAAAAUUGGCUGAUUUGGGAUUUUCUGGUUUUCCUUCCCGCAGCACUGCCCCUGAGCUGGGCUGGCACUGCCCCUCCAGAGCUCCCCCAGCCAGCUACCUAGGAGGAUGCCCUGGAGGCCCUGCCAGGGUCUGACUUCGACUCCAUGCGGCUCACUCGCUGCCAGGCUGCCUUGGUAGCCGCCAUCGCCCUCAACCUCCUGGUUUUCUUCUAUGUCUCGUGGCUGCAGCACCAGCCCAGGAGCUCCCGGGCACGAGGCCUGCGCCGCGGAUCUGCCGCCGGCCCCCGUGUCACCGUCCUGGUGCGAGAAUUCGAGGCCUUCGAUAACGCGGUGCCGGAGCUGGUGGACUCGCUCCUGCAGCAGGACCCCGCCCAGCCAGUGGUGGUGGCGGCCGACGUGCUCCCCUACCCGCCCCUGGCCCUGCCACGCCUCCCCAACGUCCGGCUGGCGCUGCUCCAGCCCGCCCUAGACCGGCCCGCCGCGGCCUCGCGCCCAGAGACCUACGUGACCACCGAGUUCGUGGCUCUAGUGCCGGAUGGCACAAGAGUCGAUGGUCCGGGCCAGCUGGAGCGCAUGGUGGAGAUUCUCCGGGCAGGAGGCCCACGCCUGGUGGCCGCCCCGGUGGCCUCCGCCAACCCUGCGCGGUGCCUGGCCCUAAACGUCAGCCUACGGGAGUGGACGGCCCGGUAUGGUCCGGCACCCACUGCGCCCCGCUGCGAUGCUCUGGAAGGAGACGCAGUCGUGCUCCUGCGUGCCCGGGACCUCUUCAACCUCUCGGCGCCCCUGGCCCGGCCUGUGGGCACCAGCCUCUUCCUGCAGACCGCCCUUCGCGGCUGGGCCGUGCAGCUGCUGGACCUGCCCUUCGCCGCGGCGCACCAGCCCCCGCUGACCACAGCCCACGCACGCUGGAAGGCCGAGCGCGAAGGGCGCGCGCGGCGGGUGGCGCUGCUCCGGGCGCUGGGCAUCCGCCUGGUGAGCUGGGAGGGCGGGCGGCUGGAGUGGUUCGGCUGCAGCAAGGAAACCGCGCGCUGCUUCGGCACAGUGGUGGGCGACACACCUGCCUACCUGUACGAGCAGCGCUGGGCGCCCCCGUGCUGCCUGCGCGCGCUGCGGGAGACGGCGCGCUACGUGGUGGGCGUGCUGGAGGCGGCGGGAGUGCGCUACUGGCUGGAGGGCGGCUCGCUGCUGGGGGCGGCCCGCCACGGGGACAUCAUCCCGUGGGACUACGACGUGGACCUGGGCAUCUACCUGGAGGAUGUGGGCAACUGUGAGCAGCUGCGGGGAGCCGAGGCGGGCUCCGUGGUGGACGAGCGCGGCUUUGUGUGGGAAAAGGCGGUGGAGGGCGAUUUCUUCCGCGUGCAGUACAGCGAGAGCAACCACCUGCACGUGGACCUGUGGCCCUUCUACCCGCGCAAUGGGGUCAUGACCAAGGACACGUGGCUGGACCACCGGCAGGAUGUUGAGUUCCCCGAACACUUCCUGCAGCCUCUGGUGCCUCUGCCCUUUGCUGGUUUCAUGGCACAGGCACCUAACAACUACCGCCGCUUCCUGGAGCUCAAAUUCGGCCCCGGGGUCAUCGAGAACCCGGAGUACCCCAACCCUGCACUCCUGAGUUUGGCGGGGAGCGGUUGAACCCUAUACCCCCAUAUCUGGGGCCAGGGGAACAGCCCGUCAAGGGGAGCUAGCCUUUGUCUUUUGGGGUCUGUGUGUCGGCGGUGGGCAUGUGGAGGAAUUGACCAAGAAGGACAUUCAAGAGAAGGGAGGACAGACAGAACCAAGGAUCUGAAGUGACUUCCGCUUCAGUCCAGUGGCUGCUGGGAUUGCACCCGCCACUAGAGGGCGCCCCUGUGCCGGGCAGCACAUGCUAACUAUCUCCCUCUUGCAGAAAGCUACUCCCUUCCCCCGAGCCCCCAAGCGAGGUGCAUGCUGCGGUUAAUCACUAGGGCUGCCCUGGCGCCUCUCCUUAUGAACUGUUACCUCAUUCUAGUUCUCUGCCUGGCGAGGAGGUUGAGGGGAAGCCUGGUCUCAGCUCACACUUGCCAAGCACCUACUGUGUACAAGGCGCCAUCCUGGGAGUCUCACCAUCCUCGCAGGUGAAAGGUGCUAGGAUUUCAUUUCAGAUAAGGAAAAGGAUCGUCACCUGCCCCAGGUCAGGCAGCUUAGGAAGUGGCUGUUGCCUUGCUCCUUUUUGCUCAGAGCUUCUGAGGGGGGCUUUGCAAUGCCACACUAAGCUGCAGCCCCCUGCCCCUUGGGGCCACAAGUGAGAGUGGAUGGGAGGAAGUGAGGCAAGUAGCUGUUUGGACAUGACCUUUCAGGCGUGUCCUUAUUUAUAAGUUACACACAGGUACUACUGCUGUCUGUAUAUUAUAGUGAGGCUUAACUUAUUUGAUUUGAAUCUUAUAUAUAGAGGUUUUUGUUUACCUGCCUGAUCCCAACGACUUGUCCCCCAGCUCCCCACCUGUUUAAAAAAAAAAAAGCACAGGCUCAAAUCCAGAGCUGCCACUUCCUUGGUGAACGUGGGCUGCCUGCCCAGACUCUGCUUUCUACACCUAUGAAGUGGGGGUAGUGAGCCACACACCCCACGUGGGUAAAGGGGUCCUAGGUCAGAGAUGGGUCUGCUCCUGUCUUGUGAUCUUAGGCAAAUGGUUGCCUCUCUGAACCUAUGGAUUUGGGCGGGGGAGGAGUUGAUGAUAUUGCAGAAGUGUAAAACCCUCAGGAGGAGGAAGCGGAGGACGCAUCCUCACAGACCCACAAGGGGACAGAAAUUUGCCCUGAUGCUCUGAGGCUUAGACACCCAAAGUCCAACUUCUUAUAACCGAGCCUCUGCUUUCAACCACUGAGCCUGCAAAUGGCUCCCAAAGACACUAUUGCGUUCCCAUGGAACAUUCUAGAAGCACACAGGGGUGAUUUGGGUUACCACUGUGAUGGGACAUCCUCUUGGCUCUCGGAAGGCAUGGCCCAGGGUGGAGCCAUCUUAUGCCAUGCAGGGCACCGGGCACCACUAAGCACUGGCCCUUGUCCCAGAUCGUUUGAAAAGGUCUCACUUGACAUUCACCAGGGAUGGGUGGUGUUCAAAAUGUCUUGCAACUGGAACGGUAAUAUAAAUUAAUAUAAUAUAUAAAUCAAUAUAUGCAUCAAUUUUUAAAUAAAAUAAUUUAAAUAUC